AGACAAUUGGAAUUUUACCUUUCUCGAUCUCCCCAACAGUUACUGUGCUAUGUUUCUCCUCUUUGAUCUUCCCCUUUCUUUCCUUCCACCAUGGCACAGCGAAUAACACGUCUUUGAUUCUCUCUCACUCUGUUUCCAGCAGGUGAUGGGAGGAUGAGUAAGAACAAGGAGGCGAAUUCUCAGCAGGAAGCCGCUGAGAAAGUGGAACUGCACAAAACUUUAUCAGGAAGAUCCAAAGGGAAUUUUUUCCAGAGUCAUAAGCAGGGGAAAGCCUGGGAGAUUCCACACAAGUCAGAGAGGUGGCAGGGAAACCAGCCAGGGAAGAAAGUGGAUAAAACCACUAUUUGUAAGGGAAAUGGCAAGGACCUCGAGGAAACCGCAGCCCAGCAGAGAAUCCACAGAGACGAGAAAAAAAACACAUGCACCAAGUGUGGGAAAAGCUUCAGUCGUAGCUCAAACCUUGUUUCCCAUUGGAGAAUUCACACGGGAGAGAGACCCUAUAAAUGUCUGGACUGUGGGGAAAACUUCAACCAGAGCUCAGACCUCAUCACACAUCAGAGACUGCACAUGGGAGAGAAACUAUAUAAAUGUAUUAUGUGUGGAAAAACCUUCAAUCAGAGCUCAAAUCUUAUUUCACAUCAGCGAAUUCACACUCGAGAGAGACCCUAUAAAUGCCUGGAGUGUGCGGAAAGUUUUGACUGGAGCCCCCAAUGUCUUAGACACCAGAUAAUCCAUACAGGAGACAGACCCUAUAAAUGCUUGGACUGUGGGAAAAGCUUUAGUGACAGCUCAGCCCUUAUUACACAUCAGCGAACCCACACGGGAGAGAAACCCUAUAAAUGCCUCGAGUGCGGGAAAAGCUUCAACCAGAACUCCACCCUGAUCAGACACAAGAGGACUCACACGGGAGAAAAGCCCUAUAAAUGCUCAGACUGCGGGAAAAGUUUCAAUCAGAGCUCGAACCUAAUUACGCAUCAGAGACUCCACUUAGGAGAGAAACCUUGAACGUGGGUGAUGCUUCAGUUGGAAUUCAAUCCCGUUCGCCAACAGCAAAUUCAGACAGGGAAGAGAGCUCUGAAAUGUCCUUAGCAUGGAAGAUUUCAGCUGGAGCAAACGAUAUAGUGGACAUGAGCAACUCCAGCAGCAGUUGAACCUGAGUUGUCAGUGGCCCUCUGGUUCUGCCUGGUCUAAGCAAAUCCCAGGCAGAGGAGAAGAAGACCCGGGGAAGGUCCCAGAGCACCCACAGAAAAAAAUGACUGGGUGCUUACCACCAACUGACAGCACCUCCUGCCCACCAGCGGCUCCACCGAUCAACUCCUCCACCGCCCUCCAAGUGCCUCCUGCACGCCAUGGAUCAGCUGUUCCAUGGUGUGCAGCAGGCACCGGGAGAGAGGGGGAGGAGCAAGGACUGGGUGUGCUCGGGGGGAGAGAAGAGG